AUGGAAGUAGAUGACUCAAGGGCCUCUCUGGCUUUCCCUAGAGGAGCUCGAAAGGGGGAAAAAGUCGCUUUCACAGCAGUCCGCUCAUGCCCAUGGGGCCCAUACCGCGACCUUGCCGAACCCGCCACGACUGCGCCCAGCGAAUCCGAACGCAUCCUGCUGCAAGUCGGGGAACAUCACGGUCUCAGGACGCAUGUGCUCAAAUGGGCCCUGCCCUCCGAAACCGCCUCGCCCGCGCUGGGCGAACAUACCGCCGCACCCGCGCCCGCCACGCAUGUCAAACGCGAAAGCGGAUCCGCUACCACGUCCGACUCGGAGAUGGUGAGCUCCUCCGCGCUGGUGAUGAUGGAGGUGACCGACGUUGUAGUGGCGAGGACGGUGAAGACAGUGAAUAUCGCCGUGAUGGCGCUGAUCAUGUUCGUGGGGACGGCGGUCGCACCCGCCAUUCGGAGUUGGCUACGAGACUGGGGAGUAGAGAAGCUACGGGGCUGA